UGUUGUUGUCAUUGUUAUUGUGGACCAAACUGUUGCCUCUCUUGUUGUAGACCCAGUUGUUGUAGAACCUAUCGUAGACUCUGUUGCUGUAGACCCAAUUGUUGUUGCUUUUGUUGUUGUAGACCCAAUUAUUGUCUCUGUUGUUGUAGAACCUAUUGUAGAUGUAGACUCUGUUGUUGUAGGACCUAUUGUAGACUCUUUUGUUGUAGACCCAAUUGUUGUCUCUUUUGUUGUAGAACCUAUUGUAGAUGUAGACUCUGUUGUUGUAGAACCUAUUGUAGAACCUAUUGUAGAUGUAGAAUUUGUUGUUGUAGAUCCAAUUGUUGUCUCUGUUGUUGUAGAACCUAUUGUUGUCUCUCUUGUUGUAGAACCUAUUGUAGACUCUUUUGUUGUAGACCCAAUUGUUGUCUGUGUUGUUGUAGAACCUAUUGUUGUCUCUCUUGUUGUAGAACCUAUUGUAGACUCUUUUGUUGUAGACCCAAUUGUUGUCUCUGUUGUUGUAGAACCUAUUGUUGUCUCUGUUGUUGUAGAACCUAUUGUAGACUCUUUUGUUGUAGACCCAAUUGUUGUCUCUGUUGUUGUAGGACCUAUCGUCGACUCUGUUGUUGUAGACCCUAUUGUGAACUCAAUUGUUGUUGCUUUUGUUGUUGUAGGCCCAAUUGUUGUCUCUGUGCUUGAAACUUGUGUUUCUCUGCUUGUUGAGGUUGUGCUCGAGUCUGUUGAUUUGACUGUCGUACUCCUUUUCACAGGAACUGUAGAAGUUGAUUCUGAACCGGAGGUUUCCUCGCUGGUUUUGGA